ACAUGUGUUGGAUUAUAUUUUUCAAAUAGUCGGGAUCAGCGAAAAUGUUUUCGUAUUGGAUGAAUUUUCGUUUAUUUGUUCGAAACAAAUUGAAGAUUUAAUCGUUACUUCUCGCGGUCAAGAAGGCGAUCAUUCUUUCAAAAGCAGUCUUAGACUAGACGAGGGAUAUUUCAUUUCCUUCCACAUUGCUCCGAAUAUUUCAGUAUUGUAUUCUUAUACGGAAGUGGAAGAAAGCGACGAAACUGUUAUUCAAUUUGUAACUCUUUCCAAGAUAUUAGAAUCCAUUUUGGUGAAGGCUCCGGAAUAUUUCAAAAUAUUUGUCGAAGAAUUAAGGAGUCGUUCCAACGAGAUUAUCACUUUCAUUAGCAAUCUUUGUUUCGACAUUGAUGCAGGCUGCUCUGAGUCCGAUAAAAGUUAUCACGAAUCCAUCAAAAGAAAAGACGCGGAACGAUUGCGUAAAUGUUUACACAACUAAGGUUCACGAAGGAAAUGUUCUAAAUACGUCUCAUAGACAAAACGUUUCAUUGUCGAAGCUCAACUCAUCUAUUCCGAAGAAGUCGGACUACAUAUAUGUUGUCGUUAUAUUUUCUCCUCGAGUAAAAAUAAUUGAAAGUAAACUUACGUUUGUUCCCGGUAUUAAUUGUAAAAAUUAUUACACAAGAGAAAUUAAUUGGGAACUACUCCCUAACCAAAAGGAAGCAAUUUGUCAUCCUCUAAAUGCAGAACUUCUGUUCAUUUUGAAAAACAAUACCAGCAUUCGUCAUUCCGUUUCAAUUGAUACGGAACUAAAGAUAGGAGAUCUGUUGCAAAUUGGCUUGAAGGAACCAGACGAAGUAUUCAGCGAAGAACCCGCUUUGAAAAAGACAAAGUUUGAUAAAGAAAUUAACAGACAAAAGCCAAAGACAAAGCUUGAUAACAUACAAAAGUCAAGGUUUUUAGAAGUUCUUUCACACAUCGAUUUUAAUUCAUUUUUUCAAUUCCAAUCAGGUGAGCAAGUCAUUCGUCUUUUAUUAAAAUUGAUGAAAAAGAAUUUAACAGAAUUCGUAUUGAAAGAUAAUUCGUCAGAUAAACUUUGCCAACGAUAUUCCGAAAAGGUUUAUUCCAUCUUGAAGAGGAAGAUUAAGAGUCAAAAUAUAAGUAAACAUGUG